AUGGACGAGAGUCAUCAGCAACAACAUCAACAGCAGCAGCAGCCACUGCUUCGUUCGAUCAACAACGUGCAUAGAUCGUUCGUUAAAUUCAUCAACAAGACCCUGCACAACGUCAUCCUCUACUGGAUCGAUUAUCAAGGCCAGGCAAUCAGCUACGGUGUGCUGUCGCCUGGCGAUUGCCUCGACAUCAACACGUUCGUUACGCAUCCGUGGAUCUUCGUUGACCAAGAGACCGGAGACAGGUACAUGGUGAACCAGAGGGACGUGUUCUUCCCGGAGCCGUGGUUCGCCAGGUAUCAAGGGCUCCGACAAAGCGAGCUGCCCCAGAGGCGCGAGCGGACCAACGUCUACAUCACACUGCCGGUUUACACUCUGCGCGAGCUGUCACUCAGGGCCAUCAAGCGGCGGCUGACGCACGCUCGGCAGGCGUUUCAGCUCGACAUACCGAGGAGCCUUCAGUACGAGCUCGCGACCAUGCUGCCGAGGAACGAGGAGGACGAAGACGCGGCCAACUCAUAG